AUGUGGUUCAGGAUUGCACUCCUUCAGCUUCUGCCUCAGCUCACCCUCAGUUCUUGGUGCCCCAGUGGGUGCGUUUGUGACAUCAGGGGAUCUGCAAAAUGUAUUGGGAACAUCAACGACAUACCCGGUCUGGACCCAACAAAAACGUUCCUACUCUUGCUGAACGAUACAAACUUAAAGGUCCUCAAAGAUCGAAGUUUUCAGCCGCUCUCUCUCCUGCUACGAGUAAUGAUCACGCACAGCACACUUGACACCAUCCAACCAGAAGCCUUCCACGGUGCUCCACAGCUUCGGUCCAUCAAAAUGUCAUCAAACGCACUCUCAGUUCUUCCACCUAAGGUGUUUAUUGAGCAGAGGAACUUGGAGCAACUGCAGCUGGAUGGUAACCAGAUACUUUCUAUAAGUUCAGAACUCUUCGAAGGGUUGGUCAGCAUGACUGAGCUAGAUUUGAGCAAGAAUCGCAUCUCCCAACUGGAUGCUGACGUCUUCCAGAGCUUAACCAAGCUGAUUUAUCUAAACUUGGCUGGUAAUCAACUGAGAAAUCUCCCGAAGACUCUUUUCCACAACCUUCGUAAACUUCAGACUCUGGUCCUCACGUCCAACCAUCUGGAGUUUCUGGAAAGUGGUUUCUUUGAUCAUUUAAGUAACCUGUUGGUACUAAUGCUACAAAAGAACCAGAUCCGAGAGAUUCCCCCGCGUCUUUUCUGGCACAUGCCAUCCCUGCUCACCCUCUCGAUGUCAAACAACAAACUCCAUCAUAUCCCACCUGAGAGUUUCUACUACUUACCCAACCUAACCAAGCUCACCCUCUACAAGAACCCCUUGAUCUUCCUGCCAGACCAGCUGAUCGGACACAUGCCGAGGCUCCAAGAACUGUACCUUUACGAAACUAACCUAGUCACUGUGCCGUCAAAUCUUUUUGCUAACACGACCAACCUUCAAUAUCUCAAUGUACACCUAAACAGCAACUUGACCUUGCUACCAAAAGACGUUUUCUGUUGCCUUCCCAACCUAAAGAAACUGUCCCUCAAAUACAACAAUCUUCAGGAGCUGCAUCCGGAGAUCUUUUCCAAACUGAACAAGCUUCAGAUUCUAACCCUUGAUGGGAACAAGUUUGAGUCUCUCCCAUCUACAAUCUUUCUCAAUAAUUCAAGACUAGAAAUACUGAACCUCAACCAAAACCAUUUGAGGUUUCUCCCAGGAGAUGUUUUUGUUCACGCAAGAGCGCUAAAGGUUCUCACUCUUAGCGAAAACCGUUGGAUGUGCGAUUGUAGUAUUAUGGAUUUUGUAGAAUGGAUUCGAGACAACUGGAGGAUGAUCAGUGACUUGGAUAAUGGAGUAGCAUGCUACGAACCGAACCACCUACAGAAUCAUUUGCUGCAAACAUUGACCUACGAAUAUCUCCAAUGUGGAUUGAGUGUCUCACAGACAACAUUAAUGACUGACACCUUUACGAUACCAAUUACCAUGUCAACAAUCCCUCAAUUGAUUUUGACUAAAAGCAGGAAAGCGACUGAAACUUCAAGUCCUGUUCCAGCAGCCACAUCUCAACUUUCUCCAACAUCUGAUUAUAUCUUCAUAAAGGAAAGCAAUGACUAUGACAAUGACUAUGACAAUGAUCCGGCAUUCUACAAAACAAUUGUUCUUUAUAACGGACCGGAAAUUGUACACAACAAUUACUACAACGGUUGGGUGUACCUGUGGACUCUGCCUUUGACUGGUCCCUACAGUGGUUUCAUGUUGGCGUUGUACUUGGUUCUCUUGGUCACCGGUGCAGUCAUGAUCAUGAUCAGCUUGUAUGCUUUGUAUCGACUUCAUAAAGUGAUGUGGGUUUUAGGGACUCUCACUAUGGGAGACAGAAUAAUGGUUAGAAGAGUACGAAGCUUCAGUAUUAAUCUCUAGAGUUUCUACAGUGAAAUGUUAUAUAAACAGGGUUCCCACUCUUUCAUGAACAACAGACUUUCAAUCAAUUUUUAACGCACCAUUAAUUUUAAAUCAAGCACCAUUGUAAACCCUAGCAAGUGUAGUGGCAUAAAAUUCCUUACUGUACCUAAUAUUUCACUUAAAAUUUACUGUAAAAGUCAGAGUAUUGGAGGCUGAUCAGUGACUUGGAUAAUGGAGUAGCAUUCAACGAAACGAACCACCUACAGGAUCAUUUGCUGCAAAUAUUGACCUACGAAGAUCUCCAAUGUGGCUUGAAUGUCUUACAGACCACAUUAAUGAUUAACACCUGUACCAUACCAAUUACAAUGGUUGGGUGUAGCUGUUGACUCUGCCGUUGACUGGUCCCUAUAGUGGCUUCUUGUUGGCAUUGUACCUGGUUCACUUGGUCACCGGUGCAGUCCUGAUCGUGGACAGCUUGUAUGAUUUGUAUCGACUUCAUAAAGUGAUUUAUGAAGGGUUUUAUGUGGGUUUUAGAUGCUCUCACUAUGGGAGACAGAAUAACGGUUAGAAGAGUACGAAGCUUCAGAAUUAAUCUCUAGAGUUCUACAGUGAAAUGUU